CUCUCUCUCAAAAAUGAAUAAGGUUUUUGCCGCCUUUUGGUACUCCGGCAUCCUCCCCCUCUUCUGCACCACCACCAUCCCAACCACUACCACCACCACUUUCGAAAACCAUGAGAGCCUGUCACAGCCUCAAUCCGCCAAGAAAGCUAAGAAAACAGGGACGAAAGCGAAACAACAACAACAAAAUCAAUCUUUUGAGGAGUUGCAAGAAAAUCUUCAACAGUUGAGGAUCGAGAAGGAGCAAACUAAGGAGCUAUUGAAGGCAAGAGAGGAGACUUUGAAGAUGAAGGAGGAGGAGCUUGAAGCAAGGGGGAAAGAGCGAGAAAAGCUUCAGGCGGAGCUCAAGAAGUUGCAGAAAAUGAAAGAGUUCAAACCCACCAUGAACAAAGAGAAAGAGCUAGAAAAGAAAGACAAGAAGAAGAAAGAACCAAAAACUAGACGAAAUGUACUGAGUGUUGUGGCCCGUCUGAUGGGAAUGGAUAUGUUAUCAUUCGAUACAAAAUCUGUAGCUGGGCAGGAAGGAAAAAAGAAUCAAAAGCCAGGAACCAAUUUGCAUAAGAAGGAACAGAAUAAACAAGGCUCAGGUGGCCAUGCCCAUUGCAACUCAAAUUCUUCUAGACGGAUGGAGUUUAAUUCUUUUCAACAUAACAAGGACAAAGAUCCUGAUAGUCAGCAUGUUCACAUGAAGUUGAAAAAGCCAAGGUCACAAAAACAUCCUCAAGAGGAGGAACUAUAG